AUGACAACUAAACAGCCAGCAAUUUGGCAAAAAAACCAUAAUAAUAAUUUGCAUUGCAUGUUUUGUGUGAUAUCUUCAAAUAUCCUAUAAACACAAACUUGAAGUAUCAAAAAUAAUAUUCCCAGUGUUUUAUACUGAAAAAUGUCGAAGCCAAACUUGCUGCAGAUAGUUCCGGACGAGCUUUUUCAGACGCAUUUUAUAGCCGAUAUUGAUCAUGUUCAGAAGACAUUGCAAUAUGAAAUCGAAAGAAAAAGGGAAGAAUUGCGAGCCAUGGUUGGGGAGAAGUACCGUGACCUAAUACAGGCUGCAGACACCAUUGAGGAGAUGAAGGAAACUACGGCCAGCACCCUCAACCACAUCAAUGAGAUGAUAUCAGCAUGCAGGAACUUACAUGACACACAUUUGGUGGGGUUCAAAAUUGAAAACAAACCUUCAAUGCAAAGCUUACAUCUAAAUGCUGACCCGAUGCAUGGAAUAUCAGUGCAAGUGAAAUUGUUAAUGGAAAUACCUGAGAAGAUAUGGACUUGUAUUGAAGCUGAAGACUUUGUGCAAGCCACACAGCUAUUCAUCAUGGCGAGGCAUGUCAAUACAGGCUUACAACUUCAAAUUGGUGGCAAAAAUAUAAAACCUGGGCUUCAGUCAGUGCAGCGGUUAGUGCAGCAACAAUGGAGCUCCAUCUCAAAUUUCAAUCAAACAAUCAUAGAUCUGUGCAAGCAGAAACUGCAAGAUGUGAAUAUUAGUGUGGAGGUAGCGUGCUCAUGCCUGGUGAGCCUGUACCUACUCGACUGUCAGAGCAUGUCGGAACUCCUCGAGACCCUCAUAGCAUUGACAAGUACCUCCAGCCUGAAGUCCACACUGAGCUUCGACCUCACCAAGUUGAUCAAAGGAGAUAUCAAAGCUGAAAUCAAGGAGAAGAUUGUGAAUGCCGUCAAGAUUGUUAUGAAGACUGUUGUACUGGUUUACGCGUGUUUUGUUGAUAACAAUGGUGGUGAGGUAUUGACCAACUUGCAGAAAUUAUACAAGAAAGAUUCUCAGCCAUUGAUAGAACUGGUACAGUUCAGCAAUCCUGGAGAUUUGAAACUUUUGCCACCAGUUAUUGUUAAUUACCGAUUAUCAUCUAAUAAGGAGAUACAGCCAUUGGACAAGGAAGUCAUAACUCAAUUUGUGCAGAAAUGGAGCGAGUGGAUACAAUCGUACAUGAACGAAAAUGUGAAGAAUCUUCUGCAAAACGUCACCAGAGUCAGAGUGCUGCAUGAGAUUAGGGAAGCUGCGUUUAAAGUUGAUACACCCGAAAACUGGUCAGUGAUUUGCUCAUCACUGGGGAUCCCUGAAGUUCACGUAUGGUGCCACUAUUUCCAACCUCUCCUGACCAAUCGCGUCAAAGAUAUCAUAGACAACAGAUGGGACAAACUCUAUGACUCGUUCAAGACACAAAUGUUGGUGGACCUGACCAGCGUAUCGGCGGAUAAUGAGGUUGAAAAAGAAGCUGAUAUCAACUGGUUUGUGUGGAAAGACCUCAUUGGGGAUACUGUGAUUGAGACUAGAGGGGAUGUGGUGAAAGUCAUGAACUCUCUUAUGAAAGGUAUGUGGCUUCAAGACCGAGGCUACACGAAAUCGCUCGAGAAACUUUGUCUGUCGCUUGAUACUGAACUACAAAAGUUGCUCGAAGACCUAAAGGUGUAUUUACACAAUGAUAAGAGAACAAGUACAGACAAGUUAUUCUCGUACGAAGACGACGGAGAAGUGGAACAAGUCUACAGUGAUAAAACGGUGGUGCAAGAUUAUCUUAGACAAGUGUCGGAUAAAAUUGUUCAUAGCAUUCUUCAAUACAUAAAGGCGUGCUUCGACGAAUCAACACUCCAAUCCGAAUUACAACAGAAAACAACUGCAAUCUACACGGCGCGGUUCACACAAGCCAUUCCCAACCUUGUGCCUCAUUUACAUAAGUGCUAUAUUACAACCGAUAGCCAAUCCUAUUCAAGUAUCGACAAUGAUUCGAUAAAGCGAUGGAAUGACAUGUGUGCCAAGUUAAAGGAAUGUUGUCUCUAUUGCUGGGGUAACUGGGUCGAUAUUGCAAUGAAGAGGGUCACUGAUUUGACAAAAGGAUUGCCUCAAGAGUUUACAUUGGAGGCUAACAUCGAUUAUUUGAUGAUGCAAUGGGAUGUCAUCAAGAUCGAAGAGAAAGACGACGAAGGCAACGCCAUAGAAACAUCAAUAAAAGUGCCUUCAGGACCCUCCCUUAAACUACAAGAAUACCUAUACGCCACCAGUCGUAUACUAGACGAAAUAGUACCGCACACGCUACCCACAGAAAUACACGCAAGCUUCGUAGACAAAGUAGCCGACAUCACUUUCGAACACUACAAUAAAGUCAUAAGAAAGAGCGAGAAGGAUAUAAAUCAGCGUUGCGCGCUUCAAUUGUUAAUGGAUGUGAGACAUCUGACGUUUUUGCUAGUGCCAAGAGAGAAUAAACAAUGUAUGGAGUUUUCUCAUGAGAUAUGCGAGUAUUUGAGACAGAAAAUCGAUCCGUUUGACUAUGACGUGUUCUAUCCGUACAUUCAGACCAAUUUGAAGAGAUCGGUGCAAAGAGUUCAGACGCUCCUAGGCAGCCUCAUCCUCCAGCACAACCAACUCUCCGGCGUACUCGGCUCAGCGGCGCCCCCUGGCGGCGCGUCACCCGCACUGCUGGCGGGCGCGGGCGCGACGAGGCCUUGGUUCUCGCUGCUGCCGGUCGCGGCGCCACUGGCUGUUAGGGCUGAACAGCAAAAGAAGAAACCGCAAGUGUCAGCCAGUCCUAACAAGGCGGCGAAGUCGGAAAUUUCCGAUUUGAUGUCGAACUCCUUGCCCAUAAACUUGGCGGCAGCGCGGUCCGGCGCCGCCUCUUUCUUCUCUAUGACCAGCGACUGGUUCAGCGGAUCUUAGAACAAUAACAGCUGCACGCACCGAGUGUCCCAAUCACGAUUAUUGUCGGAUCUAAGCGAUAGUUAAUUCGAUAGCAAUUUGUAUGACAUCUUGAUCAGCGCACCUGUCAGUAACGUUAGAAACUAAUAAAACGC